AUUGACAAUAAUGGUCAAUUUCCAAAUGACUAUAUUGGAUCAUCUUUCUAAAUAGCAUUCUGGGUUGCCUAACUGUCCCUUGGCGGUCGCACAUUAGACGUUUUAUGCGAAGUUUGCAAAGAUUUUUCGACUGGUAAACAUUAUGGUAUAUACGCCUGCGAUGGUUGCAGCGGUUUCUUCAAGCGCAGCAUUCGUCGUAAGCGAAGAUACACUUGCCAAGCAAUGGUCAACAAAGGAAACUGUCCAGUUGAUAAAUUACAUAGAAAUCAGUGUCGAGCUUGCAGGCUGAAACGCUGUUUUCAGGUCAAUAUGAAUAAAGAUGCCGUUCAACAUGAACGUGGUCCAAGAAAUUCAGCGAUCCAAAAACAAAAACUACCUCACCCGAAGAUCAUUCAAGGUUCCUCUUCAUUCAAACCUGGUGAUGUGUGUUUGGAAAUGAUUAUUAUUAAAUUACGUUCAGCAGAACCAGAUAUAACCAUAUUGUCAACUUUACACGAAGAUGGUGACUCUUACCACUUGUCUGAUCCAGAAAUAUUCAGCGAAAUCGUUGCCAGAUUGUUGUUUAAAGGUGUUGGAUGGAUAAAAAACCUCUCCAGUUAUCUUGGUAUUUGUUUUAACGAUCAGGUUUUGUUGUUGGAGCAAUCAUGGAGUGAACUGUAUAUCCUGAACAUCUCCCAGAAUCCUCAGCUUCUUGAGAGUCUUCUCGUGUUCAUAGAACAAUCACGUGAUAGUGAUGACAUCAGAAAUCUCCACGUCAGAACUUUGAAAGCACCAUUAGAUCGUCUUCAAUCACUCGAUCUGGAUCACGUUGAAUGUCUCUUCCUCAAAAUCAUAUACUUUUUGAAACCUGUUGUUCGUGGAUUGCAGGAUGUUAUGAAAAUCGAAUCAUUACAAGACAGAAUGCAAGAAAUGUUACAUGAGUACGAGGAAAGACAACAUGGCGAUGGUGAUCGUUUUGGUAGAAUUCUUCUCGCUGGUGCGGGCAUUGGUCGUGUGCAAAAGAAAAUUAUAGAAGAUCUUUUCUUUAAGCCAGAUAUCGAUUGUGUUCCUGUUGCAAACAUUCUCAACAAUUUGCAUUUAUCCGACGUUUAUGGAACCAUGGAAUGUUUUUAGUUUACCCACGGGUCUACAAGCUAGGUUAUCAGAUACCAGAUUGUUGGAUCAAACUCAGGACAUCACAACUUCAUGCAUAGGAAAUGUCCACAGAAACCAAUACCGUAGUUUACGCAAUAUUUCU